UUGAUUUAAAUCUCCAUAAAUGUUUGCACUUUUGAAACGAGUCGUAAUAGUGGUGUUACCGUGUCGGAGAGAAAAAGAAAGAGCGAAAUAGAGAGAAGAAAGAAAGCGAGAGAGAGAGAUGCUAAGUGCACAAAAAGUGCAGCAACGCAACCAAUCAUUAUUAACCUGUGAUUUCUAAUAAUAAAAUUUCUGAUUUUUUUAUCAUAUUGAUUAUAUGAUGAUUAUUGAUGAUAUGAAACGUUGAAUAUUGAAAACAUUACAAUAAUUAGUAUUACCAGUUUGAGUGAUAUUAUUGUAAAAUCAUGUCCUGUAAAAUUGUCAUAACCUGUCAUUAGUCUUUUUAUGUGAAAAAUAGUUCUAUAAAACAAACAGAAUUGUUUACAUUAUUUAAUAUAUGAAAUAAUCAAAAUACAUUAUGAGUAAUAAUAUAAAAAUGGGUAAUGAUAUAAAAACUGCAAUUUUUAAAAAGAUUACAGAAUCUUUGCAAAACAUUGAUGUGAACAUAUCCAGCGUUGUAUCUCAUUUGGAUUUGAAAACACAUAAAACAGAAGGAAUAUAUUCUUUCCUAUUUCCACUGAAAACUAAACAAUACAAUAUACAGAAUGGAGUACAGAAUAUUAUAAAUAACGAUCUAAAUAGUGUUUUUGAUGACAUCAGUGUAGAGAACAAUGUGAUCUCUUUCAAUGUUUCUAGAGAUAGAUGCAUUAAAGAUAUUUUGGAACAUAACUGUACAACAUUAGCUCCAACUUUCAUGGGUAACAAAAAAAAUGUAAUAGUGGAGUUUAGUUCACCCAAUAUUGCCAAACCUUUUCAUGUAGGACAUUUGAGAUCUACAAUAAUAGGAAAUUAUGUUGCUAAUAUCAACAGUUUUGUAAAAAAUAAGGUGAAGAAAAUCAAUUAUUUGGGUGAUUGGGGUACACAAUAUGGUUUAGUUCAAUUGGGAAUUGACAUGGCAAAUAUUGGUGAGGCUGAAAUGAAAAAGAGUCCUAUAAAAGCCUUAUAUACAGCAUAUGUUACCGCCAACAAACUAGCUGAAACUGACUCUUCAAUAUUGGAUCGUGCAAGAAAAAUAUUUAACGAUUUGGAAAAUGGCACAGAAGUCACGCAUGAGCAGUGGAAAAUAUUUAAGCAGUAUACUGUGGAAGAAUUCCAAAGGGUUUACAGUAGAAUCGGUAUUACAUUUGACGAAUAUCAUUGGGAAUCUAUGUACAGGGCAAAAAAUGUGGAGGAAAUAGUCACAUUGAUGGAGAAAAUGCAAUUGCUUUUAAGGGAUGAGCAGAAUAGAAAAGUUGUAAUUUUGGGAAACAAGAAAAGCGUUCCUAUAAUCAAGAGUGAUGGUUCCACCUUGUACAUAGCUAGAGACAUUGCCGCAGCUAUCGAUAGAUUCGAAAAGAAUGAUUUUGACCGUAUGUACUAUGUGGUGGAUAAUACACAAACCAAUCAUUUUUCAAGUUUGUUAGAAAUAUUAAAACAAAUGCAAAUGCCAUGGGCUGAAAGAUUGAAACAUGUAAAAUUUGGCCGACUACAAGGUAUGCAAACGAGAAGGGGAAAUACUGUAUUUUUAGAGGAUAUCUUGGACACUGCCAGAGAUAUUAUGAAGCAGAAACAAAUUGACUCGCCUACCACUAAAGUCCGUCUAGAUUCAAAUGAUAAAAGCUCGGAUAUAUUGGGCAUUUCCGCAAUGAUAGUUAACGACUUGAAGAGAAAACGACAACGAGAUUAUACGUUCGAUUGGAACGCAGCAUUUGACUUGAAAGGGGACACUGGUAUAAAGUUGCAAUACACGCAUUGUCGACUCGUUAGCUUGGAGCGCAAUAGCGACGCUAUUCUAACUACGGAAUGUGAGCCAAAUCUAUUGCAAGGAGAAGUUGUUGACGAUUUAGUCAUAUUAAUUGCCAAGUUCGAAAAAGCAGUAUUGAGAUCAUAUGACGAAAUAGAACCUUGUAUAUUAACGACAUAUCUUUUCAGUCUAAGUAAUGCAAUCAAUAAAGCUUUCUAUUUGUUGAAAGUAAAGGAUGAAUUGCCUGAUGUUGCUAGUCAAAGAUUGCUGCUUUUUCAUGUUGCUAAAAAUGUUCUCGCACAAGGUAUGAAAUUACUCGGUCUAGUACCUCUGGAAGAGAUGUAAAAAUAAAUUUUAGGCUGGAAUCCUAAAAAAAUAUUCUAGCACUAUUCUAUUGACUUGGUCAAUCUUGUGAGAUUUCAAUCAGAAAAAAAUAUACGUCUACUUAUUGAAUAUCAACUGGCUAAUUAAAUUUUUUUAAACAGAUUUUAUUAUACAACGAAAUACUUUUCUGUAGCGAUUUCAUAUAAUUUUAGUUUAUGUAGUGUGAAAAUUAUAUGACAAUAAGCAGAA